GCCUGGCCUUAGACUGGGCUCUGGACUCUGGGCGCCGACCCUGCGGCCGCGUGGCCGGGCGCGGCUCGGUGAGCGCGGGCGCGCGUCUGCGGAGGUGGGCUCGGGCUCGCGCGGCGCCCGCGGCUUACUUCUCCGAGGCGCAGGCGUUCUCUUCCGGCGCCCACGCCGUCGUUCCCGUGACAGGCUUGGUGACGGCGGAUGCGGCAGGUGGUGAAGAUGAUCGCCGGCGUCGCCGUUCUGGGCCUGGUGCUGUGCGUCUCCCUGGCCUUCUGGCUUCUGUCCUUGGCCGCCAGCACCCAUUACGGUGAGUGGGCGCUGCGGCGUCUCCCUGCCGCCCGGCCCGAGGACUUUAAAACGGUGCCGCUGCGGGACCCGAAACCCCUGUCUGCGUGGACGCGAGCUUCCGCGGCCUAAGUGGCCUGCCAGCACGGAAACAAGCGGUGCCCUGAACGUUUUAAAGCGUUUAAUAAAUGCUGCUUGUCCUGUACUAGUCACACCUAUUUCGGAAUUUAUUUCAUCUGUCUUGGGGAGAAGUCAGUGAAACAGCUUUGUAAAGUCGUUGCGGUGACGCUUUUGGAAAGAACGUUAGUAACGCCGGUUACCAAUUCCGUGUGUCCUGUAAAAAUAACAGUGAAAACGAAAGGUGGCAUAAUGUUUACAUUUGGAGACGUGGGGGAGUUGUCUGCUGUUUGGUCACUUCAAAAGAACAGAUUCCUUUUAAAGUCUGAAGCCACUUCGCUUAAGUCUAAGGUACUCUGCGCUCAAAUCUUUGAAGUUUUGAAGCCCCCUUCGAGCACGAGUAUGCCUUUGCACAAACUUCUUCGUACCCAUUGAAACAGAGUACUGUUCGGUUAAGAGGAAACAGUGAAAAGUAGAGUGAGAAAGUGGACUCUUAAAUGGUUCUAUCCUAAGUGGCAGCCUCUGAGACUUUAGUCCUUUUGGAAAGAGACACGUGAAAAGUCGGAUGUGUGCACCGAAUACGGCAGCUUUCGGGGCUGUGUGUUCGUGGGGCAGGCCGUGCGGGAGGAGCAGACUCAGUGCCCGUGUCACCUGUUCUCGACUCGACAGAACGGGCGGGAUGCUAAGCUCGGGCGCUCGAGCCCCUAGGGCCAGGCGCCGGAUGCUAACGAGUGAAGCUGUCCAGGCCUUCGCAUAUGCAACACGUGGGAGUAGUUUUCACUUCCAGAAAUAGGGUUUUCCUGUUUUCUGGUUGAACAUUUGGGCCUCUUUGUCUUUCUUUUUUCUGUUUUUGAUAGAAACGUGGUGCAAACAGCAGUUCACACUCUUACUCUAAUCACUCAGCCUUGGUGUUUGGGCGUCGUUCAGGAACGGCAGGGACUCUAAACCGGGAAGCCAUGAGGAGGUGGCCUGUCUUCACCUGGGGUAACUUACAGCCCAUUUCUCCUUGGCGUUGGCUGUUUUCUGUUGUUGUUCCUGUCUUGAUCGUCUCUAAUGGCUUUAAAAAGAAAAGUCUAGAUCACAGUGGGGCUUUAGGAGGGCUAGUGGUGGGAUUUAUCCUGACCAUUGCAAAUUUCAGCUUUUUUACCUCUUUGCUGAUGUUUUUCCUUUCUUCUUCAAAACUCACUAAAUGGAAGGGAGAAACAAAGAAGCGUCUAGAUUCAGAAUAUAAGGAAGGGGGGCAGCGGAACUGGGUCCAGGUGUUCUGCAAUGGCGCUGUGCCCACAGAGCUGGCCCUGCUGUACAUGAUAGAGAACGGCCCCGGGGAAAUCGCAAUAGACUUUUCCAAGGAGUACGCUGCUUCCUGGAUGUGUUUGUCUCUCUUGGCUGCCCUGGCCUGCUCUACUGGAGAUACAUGGGCUUCAGAAGUUGGCACCGUUCUGAGUAAAAGCCCACCAAGACUGAUAACAACCUGGGAGAAGGUUCCAGUUGGGACCAACGGAGGGGUUACGAUGGUGGGCCUCGCCUCCAGUCUCCUUGGUGGUACUUGUGUGGGCAUCACGUACUUCCUCACACAGUUGGUUUUUGUUAACGAUUUAGACAUUUCUGCUCCCCAGUGGCCAAUUAUUGUAUUUGGGAGUUUAGCUGGAUUACUGGGAUCAAUUGUGGACUCAUAUUUAGGAGCUACAAUGCAGUUUUCUGGUUUGGAUGAAGUUACUGGCCUGGUGGUCAACAGCCCGGCGAGGGAGGUAAAGUACAUAGCAGGGAGACCCAUUCUGGACAACAAUGCCGUGAAUCUGUUUUCUUCUGUGGUCACUGCCCUCCUGCUCCCAACGGCUGCUUGGGGGUUCUGGCCCAGGGAGUGAACUUUAUUUCAUUUACAAAGGUUGGAACUGUGGGAUCCUUCAAGCCUCUCACGGGAGCUCCUCAGAAGCCAGCCUCCUGCUUCCAAGCCGUUCUCCAGAAGACUCAGAGGCCCAAACUGCCCAGCACAACAGUGGACUGAGAUGAACAGCCCUGAAACCCCCUGGAGCGGCUGAUCUCACUUCUCAACCACCCAGUCCUUCAUGGGAGCAGCAUGGACCACACCCAGGGCCAGGGGCUGCCCCACGUGGUGGUGGGCAUGGGUCAGCAGCCUUCACACCCCGAGGCAGCAGGAGGUCCACCUGGGAAGCUCUUCCAUGCUACUCCCCAGGCCCCAUUUCAGCAAAUGACCAUGCUGUCUUCAAUUCCCAGAAAGAUUUCUCAUAAAGCACGCUUGUAGUGGAACUUCUGGAACCUGCUUCACACCAGGCUGCCUCCCAUGAUCACCAUCAAACAGUCCCUUUUGUCUAGGUUUGGGUUCCUGAGCUUCCUCUCCUUGUUUUGAGAGCUGAGGAGGAGCUGGCUGGGACGAGGAGCAUCCCCAUCAGGGUUUCAAGGGGGAGAGUGGAACCCCGGCUGGCAGGAGAAACACCCCUGGGCCUCUGAAAAGGGUCCAAAAGGGGCCAAUGGAGAUGUGUCAGAGGCAGGAGGAGGUCAUUCCCAGAGAUAAAAGAGAGGUGAGCUCAAAGCACCAAGUGCCAGUGCAGAACGGAAACAGAAACAGCUGGGACCCACCCUCCCCAGUCUCAAGGGUCAGAGAUGUUGACUAUGCAAGACUUCAAGUACGACUUUGGACACUACCCUGUUACCCUCUUUUGUUUUGUCCCCUUACAGGUACUAGUAUUAAAAUUUUGGAAAAUCCCAA